AACUUUUUUCUCUGUGGAAACAUUUUAUUGGCCUCGUGUUUAACAAGCAGAAACGUCAAUUUUUGACUUAGCAGCUAACUUUCAAAAAGCUACACCAUAUAUUUAGCGCGAGUAAAAACGCACGUGUAUGUGCAGCGUCGUUUUAAAAUGACGGCGGUCGAUUUGAUACAGCUAUAGAGCUAUAGAGGCUUGUUGGUGCUGUUGAUUUGUGAUUUCUUUGUUUGAAUCAGCUGCUACAAGCCAGCACCACGUGAACAGUCGCGAAAACCUGGCGGGAUAUUCGGACGGCGAUCAAAACAAACAAGAUACCAAGCCACCAUUGAACAUCCAAGUCUCCUGGUUUUCCAAUUAACAGGAAAACGAUCGCCCAAACUUAAUCUAAUUUGACUGGGUGAACAAGUUUUCAAAGCAAUUAUGAGAGGGGCGAUUUUGAACUCUUAGGUAAUCAAAAUAUCCCUUUAUUAUCUGACGAAGUUUGACGUUUAGACUAACUAGACGUCGAUUUGAGGUUACUGGGCUGUAAAUAAAGCUGAAUUUUCAUUUACCACGUGUGAAAUAAGCAUAAAUUACAAAUCGAAAACAAACAACUACUGAUUUGACCGUAAGUUAUGAGCGCCUCUUCGAAUUCCUCCAAACCCGGGUCCAGGCCACCCACGAACCCGAAGCCAACAGCAACAAACCAGCAGAGUCGUGGCGACAGUGCUUCGGAACCACAUGCUCCUCCGCCGCCGAAUCCGAACACCAGCGGUAGCAGAACGAAAAGCCGAAACCCGAGCUCGCUAAAUAACGAAGACUCAACUGGCAGUGGUUCGGAAGACGGGGUCGGCAACAAUGGGGACGAGCCAGUUGUCGGCAAUGUGAACAAAUUCUGCGCCGUGCCGCCGGGAUACUCGAACAAACCGAAACGAGGACAUUUGAUAUUCGACGCUUGUUUCGAAAGUGGGAAUAUAGGAAGGGUGGAUUAUAUUUCGGACUUCGAGUACGAUUUGUUCAUUCGGCCGGACACCUGUAACCCCAAAUUCAGAGUGUGGUUCAACUUCACUGUGGAAAAUACAGUAGAAGGACAACGGGUCAUCUUUAAUCUAGUGAACUUCAGCAAGACGAAGUCGCUGUACAGGGAGGGUAUGACGCCCUGUGUGAAGAGCAGCAGCAGGCCCAAGUGGCAGAGACUUCCGACCAAGAAUGUCUACUAUUACAAGUGUCCCGACCACCACAAGAACUACGUCAUGUCCUUUGCAUUCUGCUUCGACAGACAGAAGGACACUUAUCAGUUCGCGUACUGUUUCCCCUACACUUACACUAGACUGCAGGCACACCUGGAUGCGAUAGAGAAGAAGAAGUACUCCUAUGUGAAGAGGGAGAGUCUCACCAGCACAGUGCAACAGAGGAGACUGGAUCUACUCACAAUCACCAACGAGGAGAACUUGGAUCCGGGCAAGCGACAGAAGGUAGUAGGUGUCACUUCUCGCGUACAUCCGGGAGAGAGUCCGGCCUCGUUCGUGUGCCAGGGUCUGAUUGACUUUCUGAUCUCGAACCAGCCGGAGGCGCAGAUCCUCAGACAGUACAUCGUGUUCAAGGUCAUUCCAAUGCUCAACCCUGACGGAGUCUAUCUAGGCAACUACAGGUCAUCCUUGAUGGGCUUCGACCUCAACAGACACUGGGGUAACCCUUCUGCGUGGGCUCACCCCACACUCUACGCGGCUAAAAACUUCUUCCUAGACCUAGACGCGAAUGAAGACGUGAAUGUGCAAAUGUACUGCGACAUACACGCCCACUCUACGCUGAUGAACGGGUUCAUGUAUGGGAAUAUCUUCGAGGACUCGAACAGGUUCGAGAGGCAGGCUGUGUUUCCGAGACUCAUGUCGAAUAACUGCGAUGACUUCUCAAUGGCCAACACAAACUUCAACAGGGAUCAAGUUAAGGCGGGAACUGGUCGCAGAUAUCUAGGUGGUGCUAUGAACGAAGAUGCCCUGUGCUACACGUUAGAAGUUUCCUUUUAUGGAUACAUGACCUCAACCUCCUCCCAAGUGAUACCAUACACCGAAGAAGCCUACAUAAAACUAGGUCGAAACUUCGGGAAAACGUUUCUAGACUACUAUCGCAUGACUGGAGUCAUCCCCGAGAAAAUACCCAGCUCAAUAUCCUUAAAAGGAAACUCAAAGAAGAGUAAAAAGUUAUCACGUGGUGAUACUGGAGGGUUAAUGGAGUACACGAGUAAUGAUAGCAGUAAAGGGCGCCAAUAUUUAACUGCAGCAGUCAGUCAGCAAUAGCAGUUUUUGUAAACAAAUGGCAACAAAAAAACUUAUAAAAAAUCUUUUCUGUAUUUGUAUUGGUGACGAAGGGACAUACGUCUUGGUUGUAUAAACAGUAACUAU